AUGUGCAUGUUCACCCAGUCAGAAGUGAGGCAUCUGAGUGCCAAGGACAUGUUAGUGAGGGUUGGAAAGAGACAAACAGCGACCGCUGACCUUAGGGUGGCCUCGCACCCGGUCACAGCGAACGUAGUGGGUGCCAAACGUGGUACUUUUGCGGGCACGCCGAGAGUCUUUCCAGAGCUUGUUAACGGUACUAGGCGAGGCAACGGCGCUGUAUCAACAGCCAUUGGUUUCCCAGGUUGGGAUACCCCUCAAAAUACCUUGAUCUUGAUGGAGAAGCCAAGCGGCAGUCGCGUGAGGGAGGCAUAG